AUGGAUACUAGGGAAAUAGAAUUCAAGUCUAAGGCGUUGACAAAAGCUGCGACCUCUGGCGAGACACCAGCAACGUUGAUAUCACUGCUCAAAGAGCUACAAAAAGGUGUGCAACCGACAGAGGACCUCUUGCGAUCUACAAAAAUCGGUAUAAUUGUCAACAAGCUUAAACAACAUAAGUCGCCCGACGUUGCUCGUCUGUCGAGUGAGAUUGUCUCGAAAUGGCGAAGUGAAGUCAACAAACAAAAGGCGGCUGCUAGUGGUUCACCGUCUGCAAGCCAGAGAUCCAGCAAUUCGCCCAGACAGACCACUAAUGGCACCUCGUCACCUGCCUCCACAAGCGCUGCAGCUUCAGAUAAGAUGGCAAAAUCCAGCGUCCCUCCCGACAAGCGGAGCUGGAAGACUGACCAAGUUAUCAUCACACACACCCAAAAUAAAUCCCGUGAUAGUUGCACCGGAUUGAUAUACGAUGGUCUUUGUUUGAACUCAACUGAACCACCGCGUGUUGUCCUCCAAAAAGCCACUGAAGUUGAAGCCGCCGCCUACCGUGCUUUUGGCCCAGAAACGAAGGAACAAUACCGCACCAAGAUGCGCAGCCUCUUCCAGAACUUGAAAAAUAAAUCCAAUCCAGGCCUUCGCAUUCGCGUGCUCUCCAAUGAAGUCACAGCCGAGCGUUUCGUGCGCAUGACGCACGACGAACUUAAGUCCGACGCACAGCGUGAAGAAGAGCGCAGGAUUCAAAAAGAGAAUAUGGACAAGGCUAUGGUUGCUAAGGCAGAACGAAGCAUCAGCACCAGCUUGCAGUGCGGCAAGUGUGGGCAGAAGAAAGUUACGUACACGGAAGCGCAGACGAGGAGUGCGGAUGAACCGAUGACAUUGUUUUGCACCUGUGUGGUGUGUGGGAAGUCCUGGCGGCAAUAG